GCAAUUCAACCUAAAAUCUAAAACCCUCUCAGUUUGCCAAAAACCCUUUCUUUCUUCUUCGGAACACAUUUCCACCAUGAAUAAACCACACAAAACCACCACACAAGACUCCAUACACCACCACCACGACCGCCGCCGCCACCACCACCACGAACGCCGGCGCCGCAGCAACCACCAAGACCACCAAGAACCUACAGACACAGGCUUCACAGAUGCCUCAGACCUAUGCCAACAACUCCUAGACCGCUACGGCAAGUCCUCCGCCCCUCAACAUCGCUACCUUUGCGCCACUGCCUCCGCCACCCGCUCCAUCAUCGAGUCUGAGUCACUCCCCCUCACUCCCCUCUCCUACUUCGCCGCCGCCAUCUCCACCGUCGCCGCCUCCGACACUACUUCGCUCGACUCCAAUGCUGUCUCCGCCCUCUCUUCUUUCCUCGCCAUUGUGCUCCCGCUCCUUCCGAAGGACUCGAUCGUGGCGUCGAAAGCUGGGGAUGCUGUUGGUGUUCUCGUUGAGCUGGUGGAUCGGCCUGGCGAGGAAUUGGCGACUGCGAGUGCUAGGUCUUUGGUUAAAUGUUUAGGGGUUUUGUUAGGGUUUUGUGAUUUGGAGGAUUGGGAUUCGGUUAAAGUGGGAUUUGGGACACUUCUUAAAUUCUCAAUUGAUAGGCGUCCAAAGGUCCGGAAAUGCGCUCAAGAUUGUGUUGUCAAGGUCUUUAAGUCAUUUGAAUCAUCCACUGUUAUAGAGGCAAGUAAAUUGGUACUCUCUUCUCUCAAAGGUUACAUGCCUUUAGCAGUUGAGAUAAAUGCUUCAGCAGUUAUAGAUGGAUCUAAAGAUGAGAUAUCAAAACCUGAGCACCUAGAGGUCAUUCACAUGCUUACUUUACUGAAACAUAUUGUUCCAUAUCUCUCUGUCAAAGUCAGUUUGAAAGUGCUUCAACAACUGCAUAAACUCAUGAAUUCCCACUUCACAGCAUUGACGAGGCACAUUUUCAGUGUUAUUGAAGCAAUUUUUGAAACAUCAAAAGCUGAAGUUGUAAUUCUGCAGGCAGAGAACAUUAUAAAAUCCCUCACAUCUUAUGUAAAUAUGGGGGUGAAGAACCCCAAUGACACUCUUUUGUCUGCAGCAACCUUGUUAAAAAGUGCUCUUGACAAACUUCAAACUGGUGAAGUAAGCAAAUGGAUCAACAAUCUUCCCUUGGUAUUUGACUCUAUAGCGGGUCUUUUAACUUCUGAGGCUAGUACUGCUUCACAGGCUUCAAAUACUUUAAAAGAGUUGAUUAACUUCCAUAUCAGAAGCAAUUGUUUGACUAUCGAUAAUGAGUCAGUUGAUGAUGAAGUUAAGCAUAGCAUGGAAUCAAGUGCUGUAAAAUCCACGUGUGCUAUCUUUGAAAAUGUGCUCAGCAGCUGUGGUGGAGUUCCGAAUGAGCAAAGUUUGGCAGUCAUAUCUGCUUUGUUCUGCAAACUUGGUGAGAUCUCGCACUUCUAUAUGAAGGGUACAAUAAUUAAACUUGCUGACAUAAUGACCCUUGCUUGUCGGAAUAAGUCUGACACAAAACAUCUUGAGGAAUGUAUUGGGUCUGCUGUUAUUGCGAUAGGGCCAGAGAAGAUACUUGCACUUUUACCCAUCAACCCUAAUGCUGAAGAUCCCUCUUGUUCAAAUGUGUGGUUGAUACCUAUUUUAAGGAAUUAUGCAGUUGGAUCAUCCUUAGGAUUCUUUAUGGAGCAUGUUGUGCCUCUUGCAGAAUCAUUUCAGCGGGUUUGUGCUAAAGUUAAAAAGUCAAUGAUUCAAGAAGAGCUGCAGGCCUAUGCCCGUGGCUGUUGGGGAUUAUUACCUGCCUUCUGUCGCCAUCCAACUGACACUCACCAAAAUUUUGGAUCUUUAGUGAAACUUUUAGUUACCUUCAUCACAAAGGACUCAUUUAUGCUCGAAAACAUAGCCAUUGCUUUGCAGGAACUUGUGAAUCAAAACAAAACUGUAGUAAGAUCUAAUGAGGGUACUGGUGAGUUUGCAACACUUCCAAAGACCUCUGAAAUAAAUGGUUCUUCUGUAGUGUUCAAAAGUAAACCCCCUUAUUCAAAGAAAAUUGCAAGCAGAAACAUCAGGGCUUUGGCAUCAUGCGCUAGGGAGUUGGUUCAGGCUUUGGUAGAUGUCUUUUUUGAUUCACCUCCAGAGAAGCGUGCAUAUUUGAAGGAUGCCAUCGGAUGCUUAGCGUCUAUCACUGAUUCUUCAGUGACCAAAAGUAUUUUCAUAUCAUCAUUGGAAAGAUUUCAGCUCAUAAAUAAUUUAGGUGAAUUUGGAAAGCAGGGGAGUCAUAUCAGUGCUUCAGCUGAUCAAGAACAGGGCAACAUUACUCCUAGCGAAAAAGGCACAAAGAGGUGCCUGACAGUGGAACUAGCAUCUUCUCUUGUUGAAGGAGCUAGUGAGGAUAUGAUUGCUUUAAUCUUUGGCUUAAUUAAACACACUUUGCAGGAAAGUGAUGAGGUUGGUCAGACUGAAGCAUACCAUACUUUGAGCAGAAUUUUAGAGGAGCAUUCCUGGUUUUGUUCUUCACAUAUCAAUGAGCUGAUGGAUUUUCUAAUUGGUUUGAAGUCUCCUGUUGUCAUCACAACAGUUAGAAGUCGUUUUGCUUGCUUACAGAUAUUAUUGGUUCACACAAUAGAGGGAAGUUUGGACGAGGAAAACUCAAAGGCUUUUCUUGUUCUCAAUGAGAUUAUACUCACAAUAAAAGAUUCUACUGAAGAAGCUAGAAAAGCAGCUUAUGAUUUUCUGAUUGGCAUACAUUCCAGCUUGCAGAGAUUAUCAUCUGCUACUUCUGAUGAACCCUAUCAAAAACUCAUCAACAUGAUAAUGGGCUAUCUUUCUGGUUCCUCUCCUCACAUAAAGAGUGGAGCUGUGUCUGCACUAUCUGUACUGGUACAUAACAAUUCAGAAAUCUGUCUUUUGAUACCUGAUCUGGUCCCAACUGUUCUAGCUUUACUACAAACUAAAGCUGUGGAAGUUAUUAAAGCGGUUUUGGGCUUCGUGAAAGUACUAGUAUCAAGCCAUCAAGCAAACGACCUACAGAAUUUUCUACCUGAUAUUAUCAAUGGAGUUCUCUCAUGGUCAUCCAUCUCCCGCCAUCACUUCAGAGAAAAGGUCACAAUUAUUCUGGAGAUCAUGAUGCGUAAGUGUGGCGUUGCAACAGUUGAGUCGCUUGCACCUGAAAAACAUAAGAAUUUUGUCAAGAGCGUCAUGGCGAAUCGCCAUGGCAAAACAAGUUCCAAGGAAACCAGCACUACUGAUCAAGAACCGAAAGUUUCGGAGUCAUCUUCCAGGGGGAGGCAACGGAAGAGGAAACACAGUGAAUUCAGCACUCCAUCCGAAGAUGGUGGUAAAAUGGAACCUAGAGAGAGAAUGUGGGAGAAGAAACACAAAGGCUUCAUACCCAGCAAAAAUGAGCGAAUGAGACCUGUGAAAGAAGAUGGCAAUUCUUAUCACGAUAGAAAGGGUCAAUCACAGGGAAGUGCAAGAAACAAAACGAGGAAUUUUAAAAGGCGUCAAACAGAGAGCAGAAACACACAGGCGAAGCAAACAAAAGUAAGCAAAAAAUUUGGAGUUACCAAGUCGGCUGAGCACAAAAAAGUGGGAAGGAAACAACAGAAAUAUUGAAGAAUAGGUGUGGAAGAGUUAACAUGAUAUCAUGUUUUUUGGGAAAGCAUGCAAGAACCAAAGAAUGGGACAUCGAGCGGAAGCGCAAAUAUGUUUGAUAUCUUUGGGGUCAUUCUAGGAGCAAAAAAGCCUUCAGUUCUUGCCAAGCUAUUAUAUUUGGGUGAUUGGUGCAAUACAAUGCUAGAAGGCUGAACAUUGUACACUAAAAUAUAUUUGUAGAUGAUUUUCAAUUAUGAUUCCAA